GGCAAUUUCAUUGGAUAUGUAGCCUACGAAUCCUUUUAUUGAAGUUGGAAAUGCAUACGAGCGAUCUGAACAGGCCAAAUCACAGUAUUUACGGCCGUUUCUCAAUUCUCAAGUACGCAAGUCCGUACUCGCGUUCUCGCUCAGCCCGGACAUUGUAAGUUCGCACGGGAGUCCGGACUUGCCGAGACACAAGUCACCACCGAUGUAUUCUCUACACAACGGGAGGAGAGAGAAACAUACUAGAAUUUUUUUAGCGCUUUCGACUUGAUGCGUACUUAAAUUGGAACAGUGCUUGGUCUCGGACUGAUGACGUAUCACAAGUCCACGUGAACGCAAGUACACACACGUACGCAUAUUUAGACACGGCCAGGGUGUGAAAAGAAAGUGAGAUUGCACAGUUGCAUUAUCCACGGGCUUGUGUUUAGCCUGAAGUUGGAGGUUCAUGAUGAGCCGUUUCCUGCUCUCUCUUUGGAGGGUCAGUGUGAUUCUUUGCCUGGGUCAGAUUUUGCAUUGUGGAGAGGCCAGAGUGAACACUGAAGUACAAGCUGGGCCUCUGUAUCGUGUGUUAGGCUCUCCCCUCUACAUCACCUGCAGUGUGAGUGGCUUCAGAAGUGAAAACACUGACAAACAUUUUGAAUUCCGUAUGACGAGGCCUUCAAACCCAAACUUUGACAUCCAAAUCAUCAGUUCACAUGAAGAUAAUUUUGGAUAUUCCAAUCACCUAAUCCGUGUGAGAAAAAAUGAAAUUGCUUUGAAACGUCUCUCACCAAACUCAGUCCACUUCGAGAUACAACAUCUGCUGAAAAGUGAUGAAGGGGAAUAUGAAUGUACUGCAGUCAACUUAGAAGGUGCUUAUGAUGGAGAGUAUUCUGCUAAGACAGUCGUUAAAGUGAUUGAAGACUCCCUGAGUGUCUCAUCAUCUGCUUCCACACCACUGAGCUUAAACGAGGGUGAAGCUCUGACUUUAACAUGCCUGGCCUCUAGCAGCACCAGCCAGCACACCCAUCUGUCUGUUGCCUGGUAUCUCCAUAAAGAUGGACAGGAGGACGCUCAGCCUAUCAUUUCUCUGAAUAGAGAUUUUACAUUGAGUCCAGGCCAGGAGUUUGAAAGGCGUUACCAAGCAGGUCUCAUACGCUUAGAUAAAUGGGGAGAGGCCUCGUACAGCCUAAAGAUGGCUGAGGUUGAGCCAUCAGACCAAGGUAGGAUCUACUGCCAGGCUCAGGAGUGGAUCCAAGAUCCUGAUGGCUCCUGGUACAUCAUCAUACAGAAGAAUGCAGAAGAAAUGACCCUGACAGUUAAAGCCACAGAGGUGGUAGAGCCAUCGUCUCCAUCUCCGGCAGUGGAAAUCUCAGCACAGCCAGCAGCGCUGCAGGAGGGGCAGGAGCUGAUGCUGUCCUGUGACAUAAACACAGAGGACGUGGAGAAAAGAUUCUUCUCUGUAGCAUGGCUCAAGGGAAGUGUGGAGCUGGCUCGCAUUGGUCCCACAGGCGUUCUCACUGUGACACCAGAGUACAGUGUUCGCCAGAAAAAUGGAGAGCUCAGAGCCGCCUGGACUGAGAACAGAAAUUACCGUCUCAUCUUAAAGCCUGUGAGAACUGAGGACCAGGGAGAGUAUAUCUGUACAGUCUGGCCUCAAGAGAGAAGCCAAGAUGAUGCUUUUAUUGAAGGAGAACCCAAAGACUCCAGCCCACAGCGGGUCAGCGUCUCAGCCACAGGUGCCUUUCUGUGAUUGGUGGAUCCAGAGGACAGAUCAUACGGACUGGCUAACUACCUGGAGAAGACUUAUAUAAUGACACCACCAUCGAUGGCCAGAUUCAUCCUCGGCUCAUCCCAACCAGCAGACCUUUUGUAACUUGCCCAAUGCUGUUUGCCUUAUAAAGGAGUAAGUAGGGGUGGAGUGCCUUUUUGUUUGAUUAUAGUUUUCUCAUGUUUUUCUUAGUUAGUGAGGCAAGUUGCUGUCAUUUAGUUUAAUUCUUUUAAGGAGGUAAGUUUGUUAAAUCUGGAGAUAGGCUCCUUUUGUUUGUUGUUUUGGCAUUAGGUUCACCCCGAAGUUAUAAUCAGCUCCUUAUUUUGUGUCAAAUAACCUUACGAAUCAACUCAUUGUAAAUAAAUCAUUAUCAAACUUUACCAGUUAUGUGAUGUGGCUGCUUGGGGUCUGACGAGGAUGAUUCACCCUUAUGUUGUGGUCUGGCCACCUCUAGACAGGCCAUAACACAAGAGCACACACAGAGGUUCCAGCACAGUGUGAAGCAACUUAACUCAGUGAUCACAAUCCAAAAACCAUUAGACAGUUGCAUCACCUCACACCUGACUACUCCGAGUGAACACAACAGCUGCUACCAGAAAAUCCUAAAGAUGACUGCAGGACCAGGGUUAAAAAUCACUAACACAAUAUCUAAAAUGACACAAGAACAUUUAACAUCAAUUUGCAUCAAUAAAAUACCACAAUGGGUCAACAGUCACUUUAUUAAUACCAGUUUGUUUGUUUUUUUCUUUAAAGUUUAUGACAUUCCUCUAAAAGAAACAUCCAUCCCCAGGUUAUAAUUAAUCAGCUAAAGUAAGUCAUCUAGCCAAAGGUACAUUUACUGCACAAAGCUGAGUUCUGUAUUUAAUCAACCCCAUUCACUGAGCACACAUGGUGUACAGACUUUUUUUUUUUACCACUUCCCACUAAUAUGCCCAA